AUGAAGCAGAGAAGACUGGUGGAUUGGAAGAAGCUAAAUGAACUGAAUUUUAUUGAGAAACAAACCCCUAGAGAGGAGGAGAGAGCAGCAGCCACUUCUAUCUGUGGGUCAUUGCCAGGUUUGGAUUCAGAGUACCAUACCAGGAAUAAGGACGCUGAGAUCUGUUGUUAUACCUGCCGUGGGACAGACAUUGCACCUGUGUCCUCACCAGCUUUAACCUCUCUGUCUGUGACAUAUCCCCACAUCUGGGAUCUGCACAGACAUGUAGACUCCACCCUGGGGGUAGCUACUCCACAGGAUCCAAAACCAGGAGCAAAGGAAGAGUGGCCGCUGUUGAGCCACGCUCAGAGGCUGCUGUACAGGUAUGUGAUGCUAGAAAACUACAGCAACCUGGUCUUCCUGGGAAUUCCAUUUCCCAAGCCAACACUUGUCAUUGUGCUAGAGCAGGGGGAAGAGCCCUGGAGAGAGGAGAGAGAAUGUCUCUGUUCAGGAGAUUCAAAGCCAGAUAUUCAACUUUAUUCCUACUCUGCUCUGGACUUCUGCAGUCAACAAUCAUGCCAACAUGUGCCACACAAUUAUUGCCGUCCAUUCUGCCCAGGCUUGUUUGCAGGAGCUCGCUGCCCAGCAUAUCGGAAGCAGCAGAAGCAACCACUUUCUUAUGAAAGCUUCUGCGAUGACAAAAACCUUUCAUAUGUGAGGAGUGUGGACAAAGCUUUAGCCAAAAGUCAACCCAUCAGACACCUAAGGACACUCUCGGGGGAGAAGCCAUUUGUGUGCCAGGAGUGUGGGCGGAGCUUUAGGGAUAAGUCAAACCCUAUCACACACCAAAGGAUCCACUCAUGGGAGAAGCCUUAUGUAUGCAGGGAUUGUGAGAGGCCUUUUAGAGACAAAUCAACUCUCAGCAAACAUCAGAGGAUUCAUUCAGGGGAGAAUCCUCAUUUGUGCAAUGAAUGUGGUCGGAGCUUUGGUCAUAAAUCAUACCUCAUAAAACACAAAAGAACACACUCAGGAGAGAAGCCUUUUGUGUGUCAGGAGAGUGGACAAGGCUUUAGUGAUAAAUCAAACCUUACCACACACCAGAGGACCCACUCAGGGGAGAAUCCCUACAUAUGUGCAGAGUGUGGACGAGGCUUUGGUGUUAAGUCAGCUCUCGUGACACACCAGAGGACACGCUCAGGAGAGAAGCCUUAUGUGUGCCAAGAAUGUGGGCGAAGCUUUAAACAUAAGUCAACUCUCAUUGCACAUCAGAGGACACACUCAGGAGAGAAGCCUUUUGUGUGUGGGGAAUGUGAGAAAGGCUUUAGACAGAAGUCACACCUCAUCAGUCAUCAGAGGACACACUCUGGGGAAAAGGCUUAUGUUUGCACUGAGUGUGGGCAAGGCUUUAGCCAAAAAGCGAAUCUAGUCAGGCACAAGAUGGCCCACUCAAGGAAGAAGACCUUUGUGUGCAGGCAAUGUGGGAGAGGCUUUAGGCAGAAGUCAGCCCUCAUAAGACAUCAAAGGACACAUUGUGGGGAGAAGCCUUUUGUAUGCAGGGCAUGUGACAGAGGCUUUAGUGAUGAGGCAACCCUCAGCACACAUCAGAGAACACACUAAAGGGAAAAACCUUAUUUGCAGUAAAUGUAGGGAAGGCUUUCUGUUGAAGUCACUCGUUAUUAGACACCAGAGGACACAUUUGUUGUAAAUAAGCUUCAUGCACAAGGAGUGUAAGCAAGACUUUAGUAAUAAAUCACAAAUCAUACCUCAUCAUGCAAGAGGAGACAACUUUAGAGGAAAUCUCCUGUAUGCAAAGGGUGGGACUUCAGAAGUAUUGACUUUCAUCAGAGGUCAGGAGAAGACCUACUUGUAUAAAGCAAUGGUACUCAGUUAGAAGCAGUAUUACCCCUUGUGUAGGUGACAUAUGGUGAAAUCUAGAACAUCUUUUAAUGCCACAACUGGGAGGCUGCUACUGGCAUGUAAUGGAGAGAGGCCAAGGAUGCUGCUAAACAUCUUAUGAUGCACAAGACUGUCUCCCCCUCCCCCCCCACAACAAAAGUAUCCUAGCCUGUAAGAUUUGGAUUCCUGGAAGGCUGGCUUGGACUCCAGGAUUCCUGCCAUUGGCUUGAAGGAAGAUUUUUGACACUCUACUUCAGCUGAGUCUCCUGUCCAGGCAUCUUGCCUUCCCUCUGUCCUUCAUAUCCAGAUCUGAUGCCUCUCUCUGCCUUCUCUGACUCUUUCCAUUAUUUUUUCCAUAUAUGGUUUCCCAAUAGCCUCUUGUACAUCUAAUCCCAUCCUCUUUUUCAGAAGACGCCAACUCACACAAUUACAAAGUGAAAAUAGUAAAUUUACAGUGAAGCGACUUGGCCUACAUCACCUUAAGAAACAGAAUCACUAAUAUUGAAACACAUUAUCAUCAUAAGCCUCCUAAUAGGAUUUACUGAAAAAGAUAUCAUGUCAUUUUAAAAAUAUAUUUCUGCCAAAAUAGGUGUUACUAAAGUCUUGUCAUGAGAAAUAAUUAGAUAAACUUAAGUAAUAUUUUACAAAACAACUCUCCCCUACUUUCCUGGCCACUAUCAGGGCCAGGAAAAACAAAGACAGGUUGAUAAACUGUUCUAGAUUAAAGAAGACUAUGGAGACAUGGCCAUACAGUGCUUGAUAUUAGAUUGGACUCUGGACUUUGAAAAAUAUAGU